GUGGCACGCCAAUUAAAACCAACGAAGAAGUCAUCUUGAGCGACCCUUCGCUGGUUGACGGCAACAAAAAGGUCUCAGCGCUAACGCGAAACGGUCUGCACCUGUUCAUUCACUCACCGACACACAAAGAGGAGACAGCUUCGCUCUGGGAGUCGUGACAGCAUGGCGGCCGCUGCAGCGCCAAUGUGGACCGAGCACCAGGCGUACGAGGAGCUGCUGUACUGGGACAGCCUCAUCCAGCAGGGCCACCGCCUCCUCCCGCAUGAUUUUGACAGGUACGAGGAGCUGCGUUACUGGUAUGACUGCCUGUGCUAUGAGGAGGAGCUGAGACAAUACCAUGACUACAUCGCUGCCAUCGAGGAGAUCGAGGAUAAACGGCAUCAUGAGGAUGCUGCAGCCCCCCAGGUGCAUACGGGGCCGUACGAUCGCCACGUGAUGGCCAAACACUCUGAGGUCUAUCCCUCACCAGAGGAGCUCGAGGCAGUGCAGACAAUUGUCACCCACGUGGAGUGUGCCCUCAAAACCGUGUCUGACCAGAUGGAUACUCCGAAGGACGACAAAGGAAGUGAAGAGGCAGGGAGUGCAAGUAGCGAUUCCCAAGAUCGUGUCCUGCGUGGGGUGAUGAGGGUCGGCUUGGUGGCCAAAGGACUGCUGCUGAAAGGAGACAAGGACCUGGAGCUUGUGCUGCUCUGCGCCAACAAGCCCACCAUCACCCUGCUUCAACAAGUGGCUGAAAAGCUGUCUGCCCAGCUGGAGGAAAGUUCAGCUGAGACUUACACAGUAACCCAGUGCCCAGGGGAUGCAGCCAUUGUUGUGACAAGCAGCAAGGAGUUGGUCCUGACUCUCACUAUCCACCUGACAUCACCGCUUGUCAGGACGAAUCAAGAGAGUAAAACUGAAGAAGAGGAAGACGAAGAAGAAGAAACGCGAACAGUCAACGAUCCGCCGGACGUUCUGGACAGGCAGAAAUGCCUAUCUGCCUUGGCGUCUCUCCGCCACGCCAAGUGGUUCCAGGCCAAAGUCAACGACCUGAGCUCUGCUGUCGUCGUGAUCCGGAUCAUGAGAGACUUGUGUAACCGUAUUCCUACUUGGACGCCGCUCUCAGGAUGGCCUCUCGAGCUGCUGGUAGAGAAAGCUAUUGGUACUUCCGAGAGGCCAAUGGGAGCAGGCGAGUCAUUGCGCAGGGUGUUGGAGUGUGUUGCAUCUGGAAUGCUCUUGGAAGACGGCCCUGGAAUUAAAGAUCCGUGUGAGAAGGAAGCGGUUGAUGCCACUGGUACCCUGACUCUGCAGCAACGUGAAGACAUCACACAGAGUGCUCAGUUUGCCUUGAGGCUGUGUGCAUUUGGACAGAUGCACAAGGUGUUGGGGAUGGACUUCAAACCGGUAAAACCACGGAAAUCACUGGGAGCCAGCUGCAAAGAUGGCACAGCUCAGAUACCACCUGCUGGACACUUCAACCUGCCAGCUAAGAGACCGUACACAGAGAUGGAGGAAGGAGACGAUGAGCCUCAACUCAACAGCAAACAGAGGAAGUCUCUCAAGUUCCAGAAGCGCUUUCAGAGGAAAUCAUUCACAGAUGAUUUUAGUAUGAAUGCAGUGAUGCGUCUGAACCAGUACAGACCUGGCCUGGAGUACCGACUUACAUCUCAGACUGGUCCAGUCCACGAACCGGUUUUCACAAUGGCUGUGGACUUAAACGGAAAGACCUACGAGGCAACGGGGCCCUCCAAACGAGCCGCCAAGCUUAAUGUAGCCACCAAGGUCCUGCAGGAUCUCGGCCUUCCAACAGGAUCAGAAUCUAAAACAGAGUCCGGUGGUGACACUGAAGGAUCCCUGGAGUCAGUGAAAGCUUCCUCCACGGCCUCGACUACAUCAGAAGACAGUGGUCAGGGUCCUAUCUUGACGAAACAUGGCAAGAACCCAGUGAUGGAGCUGAACGAGAAGCGCCGCAGCCUGAAGUACGAGCUGUCUGCAGAGACGGGGGGAUCACAUGAAAAGUGCUUUGUCAUGGAGGUGGAGGUUGAUGGGCAGAAGUUUAAAGGGAGAGGCUCCAAUAAAAAGGAAGCAAAGGCCUUCGCUGCCCUCGCUGCUCUGGAAAAGCUCUUCCCAGAUGACAACGGAGUGUCAAACGCUAACAGAAAUCCUUCAAAGAAGAAGGUCACAUACACCGACAUGCACAUCCCAGGGUUCGGCACUAUCCGUGGCAUUCCUUCAGACUCCGGAUCUCGUGGCUGGGGUCCCAACAGAGGUCGAGGCAGGGGGCGGGGCAAACCGUUUCCUUCAGGACCCAGCUACAACAAGACCAACUACAGUUAUGAGAGCAGCACUGGCACAGGCUACCAUAAACUCUAUGGUAAUAAUGCAGCCAGCGCUAAAGGCGUUGCCUCCACCGUAUCAGGCAGCAACAUCGGAUAUGGCACCUUUUACCCGGAGAGCAACACCUACUCCUCCCCUCCCGUCCCCAGCUCCGACUCCACAACCACAAAAACAGAAAGCUAUCAGUCGAUGCCUCCUCCUGCCGACCAGGAGAGCCCGUACAGCUACGGGUAUGGAGAUGAGAAGAAGAAGAUGCUGACCCAAAGUCAGAAUGAGAGCCAGGGAGGAGACUACUCAAUGUACAGCACGGCUUACCCUAGUUCGGUAACGGGUGGACAAGUUUAUAAUAGUUAUGGCUGGGGAAACCAGUCAUCCUGGGGGAAUCAGCAGACGUAUGGCAUGUACCAGGGCUUCGGAGGACAAAACCAGGGCUCAUACUCUGGAUACAGUGACAUGAAUUAUUAAUCGCCACGUCGUGUACAGCCUUCCUCACAUCACUAUGCCAUGUUAUGACUCUGACUCUGUCCACCCUCAAUGAUGAUCCUGGGAAACCACUUCUGAAAAGGAAAAAAAAGUGCUUGUGUCAUCUCUGAAACUUGAAACUUGCUGUCUUUUUGUUUUCACCUCACUUCCUAGAUCUUGUAGGUGACAGAUGCAGGCAUAUCUUUUGAUUGAAGUCUACGUGUUUUCUUUUUACUGCAGCAUAACUUAUCAUGUCCAUGUUGACAUGACUGUAAAAAAACAAAAAAACAUACAUGGUUUAUCAUUUUGUCUUCUUUCUGUGGUUGUUGCGUUUUUUUAAUCGAAUGUACUGGUCCUGUAUCAGUAUGUCAUGGUUUGGACUUAAAGCUGCUUGUAGUUAUGAAGAUUUAUUCAUUUCUGUGUCACAUAAAAUGCUCUAAUCUUUCUUGUAAAAUAAAUGACUAUUAUUUUA